ACGAGACCCAGACGGCGAGACCCGCCCCAUCCUGCGCCGGAGUCUCUCCGGGAGACGAAGCGGAAGUCUCCGCGUACUUCCAGAAGACUGGCGCUGGGCGCGCGGCAUCAUGGCCGCCGACAGUGACGACGGUGUGCCUUCGGUUCCAGCGACCUCUGACGGUGAUGUCAACAAAACCACAAAAUCUGCAGAGGAAUUUGUGGUACGGGUUCCUGUCGUGGAUGUACAGAGUGACAAUUUCAAGGAGAUAUGGCCAUCGCUCUUGCUGGCGUUAAAGACGGCUAGCUUUGUGGCUGUGGACACGGAGCUGAGUGGGCUUGGGGACAGGAAGAGUUUGCUAAAUCAGUGCAUCGAGGAGCGUUACAAGGCCGUGUGUCAUGCUGCCAGGACCCGUUCUGUUCUGUCCCUGGGCCUCGCCUGCUUCAAGCAGCAGCCAGAUAAGGGUGAAAAUUCUUACUUGACCCAAGUGUUCAAUCUCACCUUACUGUGCAUGGAGGAGUAUGUCAUAGAACCAAAGUCUGUGCAGUUCCUGGUACAGCACGGCUUCAAUUUCAACCGGCAGUAUGCUCAGGGUAUCCCCUACCAUAAGGGCAACGACAAGGGAGACGAAAGCCAGAGCCAGUCAGUACGGACCCUGUUCCUUGAACUGAUUCGGGCCCGUCGGCCCCUGGUGCUGCAUAAUGGCCUUAUAGAUUUGGUGUUCCUGUACCAGAACUUCUACGCACACUUGCCUGAGAACUUGGGAACCUUCACUGCUGACCUGUGUGAGAUGUUCCCAGCAGGCAUUUAUGACACCAAAUAUGCUGCAGAGUUUCAUGCCCGCUUUGUAGCUUCCUACUUAGAAUAUGCUUUCCGGAAAUGUGAGCGGGAAAAUGGGAAGCGGCAGGCAGCUGGCAGCCCACAUCUUGCCCUGGAGUUCUGCAGCUAUCCAUCUAGCAUGAGAGGCCAUAUUGACUACCGCUGCUGCAUGUCCCCUAUAACCUCCCGUCGUUCUCACACCACUGGCAUCUGCACCAAGUUCUCGGCCUAUGGCUGGUGCCCUCUAGGACCUCAGUGUCCUCAGUCACAUGAUAUUGACCUUAUCAUUGACACUGAUGAGGCUGUGGCAGAGGACAAACGGCGACGGCGGCGACGUAAGGACAGACGGAAGAGGGCCUUGCUGAACCAGCCAGGGACAGAGACCUUUGAGGAAGCUGAAGAUGGUCCUCCCACAAAGCAGGUCUGUGAAGAUAGCCUCAAGACAGAAAUUGAGCAAAAAGUGACAGAGGGUGAAACUAGGGAUCAGCUUGGCUCCAACCAAGAUCACAAAAGUGAUUUAGAGGUGGAGCAUAAGGCAACAAGUUCUGAAAUAGCUGAUGUGGCUGCCUCAGAACUGCCAGUGAGUCAAGCCAGUCCUAAUCCUGUGCCUGGGGAUGGAUUGCAUCGGGCUGGUUUUGACGCCUUUAUGACAGGCUAUGUGAUGGCCUAUGUGGGACUGAGGCACGGACCUCAACUCUGCAGUUCUGGACCUUGGCUUCCUGAAUGUCACAAUAAGGUAUACCUAAGUGGCAAAACUGUACCCCUCACAGUGGCUAAGAGCCAGUUUUCUCGUUCUUCCAAAGCCCACAACCAGAAAAUGAAGCUGGCUUGGGGCAGCAGCUAACCCAAACAUCUGCCUGGCACUAGACCUAGGGAAAGAAGCUAAGACUAGGAAAGAGAUGUUUGGCACUGAGUCUGCAUACCCUGAAGGCUGGGCAGAAGACUGCUACAGUUCAUGGCCUGCUGUAUGGCAAAACCCUAUUUCAAAGUUAUGUGAGUUGUUAGCCUGUGUAUGUUGUGUUUAAGUACUACGGAGUUGUUGUGCAGGUCCUGGCAGAGACAAUGAGCGCUUUACUGUUUUCUUUUGUACAAGAGACCUGACCCAGGGGUACAAAAUAAGACUAACUAGCACCUGGAACAUCAACUUUAUUUUUUAAUCUGAAAGUGUCUUGGGAAAAGUUUUACAAAAAAAAAAAAUCAACAGAAAUGAAUUAUGAAAAUAUUUAACCAA